AUGCACAAGCUUAUUUCAGACUACCAAGGUGCUUUUGUUAAGGAGAAGCAAAUUUUGGAUGGGGUUUUGAUAGCUAGUGAAUGUAUAGACAAUAGACUAAGGGACAAAAUUCCAGGUGUUUUAUGUAAGGUAGAUAUGGAGAAGGCUUUUGAUAAUGUGAAAUGGAUAUCCUUGUUGAGAAUUUUUGAAAAACAUGGGUUUGGCAGAAGGCGGAUAAAUUGGAUUGAAUGGUGUAUAUCUUCAUCUCAUAUUUCAGUGUUGGUGAAUGGGAGUUCAACGGAUAAUAAACAGGGACAGCUUCAUGGAUUUAGGGUGAUGAAGAAUGGAAUUAGUAUCUCUCAUCUGCAAACUGCAGAUGAUACUCUUUUGUUUGUGGAUGGGAAUGUGGAGGAAAUCAGAAGACUGUUUCUUAUUCUUAAUUCUUUUGAGCUGUUAACAGGAUUGAAGCUUAACCUUGAGAAGAGCUCUAUGAUCAGUAUGAGUGCUGACUGUAUGGUGGAUGUUUUGGCAGCUGAGUUGGGGUGCAAAAGAAGGCAGCAAGUUAAUAAUCCAGAAGCUUAA